AUGCUGCCUAUUCUCCUUCUGAUUUGUGUGUCAUCCACGUGGACACAGCCAAUUCUGACGUCUUCUCAAGCUCCGCCCACUUUCUCGACUCCUGAAGAUCCGUUUGGAAUGUUGAAUAAUCAAGACGGAGUUCAGAACUUGGGACUUCAAAAUCAAAAUGGAUUUUUUGGAAAUGCCGAGGGGUCUACAACGCCAGGAGCAUUUUUUGGAGCCAAUAGUAAUGGAGGAUUUCAAAAUCAGGAUAACCAAAAUUUGAACCAAAAUUCGAAUGGUGGUGGAUUUUUCGGAGGAAACAAUCAACAACAACAAAGUUUCCAGACUCUUCCUCCAAACAAUAAUCAAAACUUCUUCGGAUCCCAAAACGACGCUUCUUCUUCAUUGAAUCAAAAUCAAGCAAUUCAAAAUCAGAACCAAAACCAAAAUCAAAAUCAACAGUUCGGAAAUCAAGGAUUUCAAAAUCAGGGAUUCCAAAAUCAAAAUUCUCAGAAUUCCCAAAAUCAACAAUUCGUCCAAUCAGGCCAAUUAACUUCCGGACAGCAAGGUGUUAAUCAAGGAUUUCCGAUUUCGAAUGCCUUCCCAACAAAUCGAUUGCCUCCAAUUUUUGGGAGAAAAAAGUAG